AUGAUGCAAACUUUUAUAUCACAACGAAUUUGCUUCGGUUGUUCAAUUUUCUUAUUCCUCCUGGGAUCAAUAUUUUUAUAUGUACAUAUCUCCCGUUCUCAAAAUAUCCCGAACUUUUUGCGUAAACUCCCAUUUAAUGUGACGGAUUUGGGAAAUUUUGUUGUUUCACAACAACAAGAAUGCCCAAAAGAAAAUCCUCAUGCUAUUGGGAGUUUAAAAAUCGAGACUAAUGUGCCUACUUGGGAUUCCUUAAUGGAGAAAUACACAUCAUCACCCUCUCAACGUAAAAUUAUCCUUUCAAAAGGUGGCACCUAUUCACAACCCAGUUUAAACCCUGUGGUGAUCCACAAUGGAUCUAUUAGUUCCCACAAUUACACCGAUUCAUUGGAGAAAUACGUCGGAUUGUGGCAUCCAAAUGUAUGUGAUCCAACUGAAAAGCUGGCUGUUAUUGUCCCGUACCGAAAUCGUGAUAUUCAUUUGCGUAUGUUUUUAGGACAUAUGCAUGCUUUUCUGCGUAACCAACUGCUUAUGUAUACCAUUUUCGUUAUAAAUCAAGACGGUGAAACUCAUUUCAAUCGUGCCCUCCUUCUGAAUGUUGGGUUUAUCGAGUCGAAACGGGUUACAAAUUUUGACUGCUUCAUAUUUCAUGAUGUGGAUUUAUUGCCUGAAGACGAUCGAAAUUCAUAUCGUUGUGCCAACCAACCGAGACACCUAUCUGUUGCUGUGGACAAGUUUAACUACCGUCUUCCUUAUCUUACAAUUUUUGGCGGAGCUGUGGCGUUCACCAAGAAACAGUUUGAAAAGGUUGGGGGAUUUUCAAAUAUGUAUUUUGGAUGGGGUGGAGAAGAUGACGAUUUAUACGCUAGAGUAGUCUAUCAUAAUUACAGCGUUAUGCGUUACCCUGAAGAAAUCGCUCGUUACAGAAUGAUUAGUCAUAAGAAAGACCUAAAUAAUCCGGUCAAUCCUAAACGUAACGAACUUCUGAAGGAUGCAUCAAGUCGCUUUAAAACAGAUGAUUCAGCACAUUCCGAUUAUUUGUGCUGUCACAGAAUACUCCGUAUACGAAGAUCACAUCGUUCACCGAAUUCCCCAUGA